AUCCUUUAAUUUGUCUUUUGAAAUAGAACGGUCAACCGUUACCAAGCCCUUAAAAAAUCAAAAGCCUCUGAUAAAAACUCCGAAUAUAUCAAACAGACUUGUCAUGUCUGUACAGCUGGGUUCCGAAUCCAGCCAUGAAGACUUUCGUGGCCCCACAUUCUGAAUCCUAGAGCUGCGAAACACUUGAGGAGCGCUUAGAACUCCCAGACAGCUAGCGACCAUCAUGGCGUCCUCUCUUGCUGCCGGAGCCGUCAGCUCCAAGCUCGUUGCCAUCCGCAUUCCCUCCUCUCAGCAGACUUCCUGCCAACCUUCUUCUUUCUCCGGAGCCCCCAUCUUUGCGCACAGACUACCUGCAAACGGAAGCAGGAUAACUUGUCAGGCAGAGAAAGACGCUGCUGACGUAAGCAGGAGGAGCAUUUUGGGGCUUGCUGCUGCAGUCGUCCCAGUCUUGGCUGCGUCUCCUGCAUUUGCGCUUCUGGAGAGCGAUGAAGAUCUAGAGUUGCUCUCAAAGGUGAAGGAGUCGAGGAAGAAGCGGGAGGCCAGCCAAGCGGAGGCGAAAAACAACCAGGAUGAGUCAUCGGCGGUCCAGGAUGCGGUAAACAGGCUGGCCAAGGCUGGCCAGGCGAUUGACAGCGACGACUUUGAAACCGCGUCGUCUGUCCUCGGAAGCAGCUCGGACGUUACCUGGGUUGCAAAUGUAGAUGGGGCUCUAGCUAAGUUCGGUAGCAAAGGAAAGGAAAAGAAGGCGGCUGCCGACUUCAAAUCUGCGUUGAAGGCCCUCCAGACCUCAGUUGCUCAAAAGAAUGCUGAUGCAGCGAAGAGCCAAUUCGUAACUGCCGCAAAGGCUCUUGAAUUGUGGAGCGACCUGACCGGACUCGCAGCUACUCUACAAGGAUUGUAGUUUAAUCACUGGUAAGCUUCGUGUUGGGUACAGUCCGAGGUGAAUGGGGUUCGGAAUGUUCCUACCAUUUUGGGCUUGGUGCAUCAUGGGCUUUUGCGGCCGCCUUAUGCUAUUACCGUUCCAAUUUUGCAGCUAUUCAUUUUCUGCGAACAAAUUGAUCUUUAAGGUUCGACCUCGGACUCCGGCU